GCGAGGCUUAAGAUCGCCUAGGUGGUAGGCGCAUCGUGACUGGGCGCAAUGUCCGCUAAAGCCGUGGACAAGUGGCCUUGCGGGAUGGCAGCGUCUGAGGAGAAAGGUGAGGCCCCGACCCAGCAGCUGGAUGUCGCGCGCGGCCUGGAGAACUUGCCUGUGAGCGCGUGGCCCCCGGGGCAGGGGCCAGAGCCCUUCCAGUAUACUCCUGAUCAUGUAGCUGGACCCGGAACAGACAUUGAUCCCACUCAAAUAACCUUUCCUGGAUGCAGUUGUCUCAAAACUCCCUGCCUCCCUGGUUCUUGCUCCUGUCUCCGUCGCGAGGAGAACUAUGAUGGUAAUUCAUGCCUCAGACACAUAGGGUCCGAAGCCAAGUGUGCCGAGCCAGUGUUUGAAUGCAGUGUCCUGUGCCAGUGCAGUGACCAGUGCAGGAACAGAGUAGUCCAGCAGGGUCUGCGAUUCCACCUCCAGGUGUUCAAGACAGAUAAAAAAGGCUGGGGACUUCGUACCUUGGAAUUUAUACCAAAAGGACGGUUUGUCUGUGAAUAUGCUGGCGAGGUUUUAGGAUUCUCCGAAGUACAGAGAAGAAUUCAAUUACAAACUGUACACGAUUUGAAUUACAUUAUAGCCGUCAGGGAACAUGUUUAUAAUGGGCAGGUAAUAGAAACAUUUGUUGAUCCUGCCCAUAUAGGAAAUAUUGGAAGAUUCCUUAAUCAUUCUUGUGAGCCAAACCUGUUGAUGAUUCCUGUCCGAAUUGACUCAAUGGUACCAAAGUUGGCACUUUUUGCAGCCAAAGACAUUUUGCCAGAAGAAGAACUCUCAUAUGAUUAUUCAGGAAGAUUUCUUAAUCUAAUGGACAGUGAAGACAAAGAAAGGCUAGAUAAUGGGAAACUAAGAAAACCUUGUUAUUGUGGUGCCAAAUCGUGUGCUGCUUUCCUGCCUUAUGACAGUUCACUGUACUGUCACUCAGAAAAACCAGACAUCAGUUAGGAAAGGAAAAGUAUAGGAGAAACACGUCCGGCCUCUCU